AGCGCAACUCCAGCAUUAAGUCCAGCAGUUGUGCAGAGCUCCCCGAGCCCAAGCGACCCUCAGUAGACAGUCUAGUCAGCAAGUUUGCACCGCAGGUAGAAUCAGGGUCUCCCAGCAAGGAGAUCCCACCACCUCCUGCAGCGCCCCCCAAACCUGGGAAACUGCACCUUUCUGGAGUCAACCUCCCUGGGAUCCAUCAACAAGGCAGUGUGUCAGCAAAAACCUCUGUUCUGAGUGGGCGUGCAAAGGACUCCAUGGUGGAAUUUCCAUCUCCUCCAUCUGAUUAUGAAUUUCCACCUCCUCCACCUGAAAUAGAGCUUCCUCUGCCCCCAAUCGAGAUUCCAGCAGUAUUCUCCGGAAACACCUCUCCGAAAGUGGCAGUUGUUAACCCUCAGCCACAGCUGUGGUCUAAACCAUCAGUGAAGAAGGCCCCUCCACCUACCCGGCCCAAACGCAACGACAGCACCCGCCUCACCCAAGCUGACGUCUCUGAGCAGCCAGCGCCAACCUCAGCAGUGCCACAAGUGCCCACCUCUCCCAAAUCCAGCCUUAGCGUCCAGCCUGGGUUCCUGGCUGACCUCAACAGGACACUGCAGCGCAAGUCCAUCACCCGGCAUGGCUCACUCUCCUCCUCCCGCAUGUCCAGAGCAGAACCCACAGCCACCAUGGAUGACAUGGCAUUGCCCCCGCCACCCCCAGAACUGCUAUCUGAUCAACAGAAGGCUGGUUUUGGAGGCGGUCAUAUUUCAGGCUAUGCAACAUUGCGGAGAGGACCCCCUCCCGCUCCCCCCAAAAGAGACCAGAAUACUAAGCUCUCAAGAGACUGGUAGCCACAACUUUCAUGAUAACCAUAAUCAGUUCUACAAUCAGCUUAUCUGAUCAUCUGUGAAUUCAGGUGUUCAGAGCCUCCUGGUGUGUUAUUCAGGUAGUGUCCAGCUAUAUGUGUGUGUACCUCAGCAUGUACACACAGCUCUACAGAUUGUGUGUAUAUACAUAUGUAUACAUCUGUGAAUGUGUAUAUAUAGAGAGAAUUGUUCCUAUUUAUUCCUUUCCUCUCCUAAUCAGAAAGUGGGGUUUUGUGUGUUUGGGGUGGAAGAGACAUGGGAGGGGAUGUGUUCUGUCUCACAAUUUGUCUCUUGUGUGGAUUGGACCAAAAACUUCUUUAGAAAGUAUUUCAUAUGUGUCUGUCCAUGUGCUGCCUACUUGUGCAUGUGAUAUAGAAAUAAGAAAUAGAUGUACAACAAACAUCUCAGUUUGAGACUGUCACCAGAAUGUUUGGUAUAUCUGUAGGGCUUUUGCGUUUGCUUUCCCCCCAACUGGCUGAAGUUAGAACUGCCUGACAUUUCAGUACUAUAUGUAAAGGGGCACUUUAAAUCAGGAAAAUCGUCAUUUCAUAGAACGGGUAAAUACUGCAGGAAAGAAGAAUUCUCAGACACUGUCCAUGGUUGUGUCUAGUAAGUCCUUGGUGUAACCAAGCUGUUCUAGAUGUAGUACUCCUGCAGAGAUCCCACCCACUUCUAAGCUGUUCUGUCACAGGUAAGCUUUUUGCCUACAACACAUGGAACAAUUCAUACUAUAACCCUGGGUAUUUUGAGUACUGUCUUAUGUAUGAAGCUUCAUCAUCUUGGCUUCAGAAUUCUUGCUUUAUUAUGAGAAUGCCCUAGACAGUAUCACUGUAAUGCACUAUGAUGUCUCUGGGUCAGAGUUACCUUAUAUAGUGUGUGCUUUAGGUAGAUGUUGGUAUCUGUGCAGUCAGUAUAUGGAAUAUAUGUCCUGUGCCCAAUGUGGUGCAUCAUUAGAAAAAGUCACCUUCUGCAAUGUAUCUAUUUUAUGCAUUGUUCUCUAGAAGGGAAGAUAAGGAAAAAGAACAAAACUGGACCCCAUCCAGGUAUCAUUCAUCAGGCUGUAAUGGAAAGAAUGAGGUAUGAGUUAGCACAGAAGAAAAGAGCUUUUUUCAUAAUUUUAUCCAUAGCUGCUGCAGCUGCUUACGGCCUUUGCUGUUUACAGCUUGGUUGCAGAGAUUUAUCCAGUGACCAGGUGUUCUGAUGGAGUAGUGUCACAGUCUGAUUAUAGUACGUGGCAUUCAUAGCUCGUGCAGUUUGGCAUAACAUGGGGUCAUUGCUCUAAUUCCAUACGCUUGUGUUACUUUUCCUUGGUACACAAGAAAAAUAUGUACUUACCAACUCAUGUUGACUUAGGAAUAAAAUACAAUCUUAGAACUGCUUUUAAGUAAGAGAAUAAAAACUGGCCAUCCCACCAACUACAGAGGAACACAUCUUGUAAAGAAAGUCUGUGCCUGUUGUAAAGAUGACCAGUGCCAAGUGCAGAGAUCUUUUGGUCCUGCCCCACAAGGAAAAAGUGACUAAUGAAGCAGGGCCAAAACGGCAGAGUUGGAGAAUAUAGUCAAGUUGCACCAUGUGCCAGGUUUAACCCACUCCAUAAAAGAACUGCAUUACAGAGAGAGUCAAGUCAUGCCUCCACAGUGCCACAUCUCCAGGGUGCAAAAUCACCAUGUGGUUAGAGAAGUAAGAGGACUCCAUUGUGCUUUUUUUUUUUUUAACGCCUACUUCUCUAAAGCUAUUUUUGCAUCUUUCAAACUGCUCACCAAGUUGUAUGUGCUUGCUAUUCUCAGCUUAUGAAGUGACCUUUAAUAUGUCUACAUUAUUAAGCAUGCACAGCAAAUGUGGGUAACCUUGAGUACAGAUUGCCAAGCUCCACUGGACUCAAGUAAUUUCCCAUGCUCUUCAGCUAACUGCUAUAGACUCAUUCUAAAGACUACCCAUGUUUGUAAAGACUUACUGAGAGUAUGGAUCCUAUAUCCCAAAUACUUAUCUCUAGGAUUGGUUUUUUGUUUGUUAGUCUUUUAAUUAAGCCAGGUAGAUGUUCAGAUUUCCUUAAGUGGGGAAAAAAAUGUACCUCUAAUCCUAAUGGAGCCCAUGAUUUGUGCCCUAAACCAACAGCCCUUGUUUUUUCAGUGUGGACUCUGGGGGAAUUUUUAUGUCUACCCUGAACCACAGCUUCUAGUUUAUUUUCCUGAAGGAGCAGAUACCUUUGAACACUAGUAAUGCCAAGAAAAUGAGGGAAGUCAUAACUCUCAUUUCUGACCCCAGUCCAGUGGCUUGUGUGACACCAUAUGUUUCUUUACAUUUCUCCAAAGAGAGAAAUAGCUGCUAAUGGGGAGGAAAGGUUAUUGAACAAUAAAAUUAAAAGACCCCAAAGUGCCAGAUUCUUUUUCAGUCAGUGUGUUGUUUUUGUUGAGAUGUAGUUUUGUUUCUUUUCUAAUAAUUCUGGAGCUCUUCUCUGUGUAUUCAUGGAAAACACCUACUGCCCGAUGACACUAGAAUUAUGUCUUCUUCGCUGCCUACACAUCUUCAGGCCAGUGAAGGCACCCGGACAGCUGCCCUGACCACACUGACUGGUGAAAAGGAAGGAGCCCUUCUGCUCCUGCAGGCAUGGCAGGCAGAUGCCUGUCAGGGCUAGUGACUUGAUUUUCAACCCUUAAUGUUUACUGUAGGUAAUUUCAACAGUGCCUAAAGUUUGGGUACUGACUCCAAAGGGCAACAGAAUCUAUUCUGUUAAUAAAGAACUUACUUCAGGUUCACAAGUAGUAGUAUGAAUACAAUUCUGCAUAAACUAUCACCACCAGCUUAGUUUUUUUACUCCCAAAAGACUUAAAUAUACUUUUUCUUAGCUACUGUAAUUCUCAUUUGGAAGGAAAAAUUGUUAAGGGUUUUUUUGUUGUUGUCUUAUAGACAUCCAGUUGACAGUAAGCUAGAUUUUUUAUUCAAUUUCUGGAAGUUCUUAAAAUGAGAAAGAUGGCUGGAUCUUAAAAAAGAUUUCAUUAAGAGUCUGCUAAGAUCAAGGUGCUCCUGCCCACUGAUGGCAUAUCUUGCAAAGGGCUGAGAACUAUUUUGGGUCCUCUCUGUGUAUAUGUUUACUUUGUUGCUAUAAAUAAUACUGAGUUUGUCAAGAGAAAUCUAUUUGAGAGGUCAUAAUAAUUCCAAUAGAGAAAUAAUUCAGAGAUCAAGGUGAAGAGGAAUCGAGUUUCAGAAGCUGUUAUUCUAGCAGAAAACUACUAAUAAAGUUGUGUCAAGAUGUAAGGUUUAAAUUUGCCCGUAAAAUUAUCUAGGGUGAUAGUGUGGUGGGUCUGAUUUAUCAGGCCUCCAGCAGACCUUUUUGUUGUUUUUGUUCUGCAACUAAAACCAUUUUAUGUUAAAAACACAAGGCAGUGUUUAAGUUUAAAAAAAAAUCCUAUUUUUAUGUAUUAUUGCCAAACUUUAUCAUUUAUCUUCAGAACUAGCAUUAUAACCGAUGUAAUCCCAGAUUUGAUUCCAGUUUAGACCAGUUAAACCAACAGCCCUAUGAGAAGUGUGAUGGCUUGCUUUCAGUAAAACAGGUGUAAUUAUUUUUGUUUAUACACUUGAGGGUGGCUCUUCUAAAAGAAACCAAAAUCCCUUUUAGAUUGCAAAUACCUUUUGGCACUUUUGAAAAAUUCAAUUUUACAUUAUCUGCACAAAGCAUGGUAUUCCUAACCGUAUGUGAGUUCUCUCAAAGCUGAGAUUUGAGAAAGGGAAAUGCAAGAACAGAACUGAAUGUUCCAUCAUCUUUUAGUAUGUUUCUUUUAAAAUCUAGAUAAAGCAUUGUUGCACUUUUAACACUCUAACCCUCAAAAAUUAAAAAGCAGGCUGGAGUGAGAACCCUGGUUGGGUUCCCAGCACCCACAUGGCAGCUAACAAUAGUCUGUAACUCCAGUUCUAUAGAAUCAGAUGUCUUCUGGCCUCCUUGGGCAUUGCACAGCAUGGGUGCACUUACACAUGCAGGCAAAACUCAUACACAUAAAAUUAAAAAUAAAUAAUAGAAGUAAAAACAAAAAGUGUUCAGUUCCUUUUGUACCCAUAGGAGGUCUAUAAGUAAAAGAAAUCUGCCAGGCAUGGUGGCGCACAUCUUUAAUCCCAACACUCAGGAGGCAGGUGGAUCUCUGUGAGAUCUCAGCAAGCCAGGGUUACAGGGAGACUUUGUCUCAAAAAUUACUCACCUAAAGAGAAAAUAAGUUGCUCAAUGAAACAAAAGAUACUUGUUAGAUAUACAAAGUGAGUGGAACCUUCUAAUUGGUUUGCUCUUGUUGAAGUAAUAAACCAUUUAGAAAAUAAUUUGCUACAAUCGCCAGUGCCUUGAACUCUUUGGAGAAACAGCAUUUAAAACAAAGCAAACAAACACCAAGCAAACUUUGAGGUGCUAAUGAAAGAGAAGGAAGCUGAGUAUUUUUCUAGUUUGGGCAGAAUGGAAAAAAUGACUUGCAAGAGAGUUUUCAGCUACCUAAAUGGAAUCUGGCUGUUUUCUACCAAAGAUGUGUUUAGAGAAGUGACUUGAGUCAGUGCUGAGUCCCUAAGAGACAGCAUGUGAAAUAUGUUAUCAGGAGUAGCUGUGAAUUCCAAGUGUGUGAUUUGAAAGCCUCACCUUCUUAGGCAGUCAGACACAGCUCCAGCACUUAGAAAGGGAAGGGGAGUUCAGUUUGGAAACUAUCCAUUCACUAAAUUUAUUACAACUUACUACCAAAAACUGCCAUCCUUCAUGACUCCACCUCUGGGUUUUUCUGUAUUUGUAAAUAAUCCCUCCUAGGAAAUAAGCAUUAACUGGAAUGUUUCAAAUGAUUUUGCUUAAUUUUAAUAUCAACCACUAGUGAACUCUUCUUUCAGAGAUGUAUAAGGUAAAAACACCAUUAGCGUGUGCUAAGUGUUGUAAAAAUGUUUACUGUUUUGAAGGAAAAUUGCACAUUAUCUUUAAAACUGGGAUUGUUCUCCUUUUCCCAUUUCUUUAAAAAAAAAAGUCAAGGCUCAUACUUCUGGCUGUGGGAAUUUUGUCAUAGAUAUAAUGUAGAAAUAUACUUUUUUUAAAGCAUGAAGAUGACAAAAAGAAAGCAUUUUAAGGUCCCGGGCAGAGGACUAUGCAAACAGCUUGGUAAAGAUUACUUACGGUUUUAUUUCAGCUUUGUUACUAUUUUCUUCUGCAUAAAUGUACACUCAUUUCAUUAUGUGCCUUGCUCCAAUUGUGCAAAGCUAUCUAUCUAUAUCUAUAUCUAUAUACAAAUAUAUAUGAAAGAGAUAUAUUCA